AUGAUUGGCGGGACCCUGGCCGAGCCGCCUCAGCUGCACAACCUCGUCGAGAUUAGCUUGGAGAUGCGGCUGACGCCGGCCUGCUUGAGUGCCCUGCUGAGCGCGAAAAUGAAACAACUCAUCGAGUUCGACCAGAUUCUCGUCGCCCUACGACCCUGCCGCAACACGCUCAAGGAGCCCACCUUUAUUCUGCAUAGGGACUUAGCGUCCCGAGUCCCUGAGCACGUUCGCGGCGUCGAACUCAUACGCGAGUUCCAAACACUUGAAGUCCUACAAGUUCAGACAGUGUGCUUCGCCUUCGGGGCGCGCCUAGGAACCGCGGAGAACGCCCUCACAUCGGCACUUCCUGCGUCCAUUCGCGGUUUGAGGCUCUUUGGGUAUGGCGAUCUCCGCCGGUCUCUACAGGUGGCUCUCGGGUAUCCCAUAGUCGCGAAUGAAAAACUGCCGCUUCUCCUCGCCUCCCACCCGCCGCCAUCAAGGGGCGCCAACGCCGUCCGGGUGUUGUGUCCCUCUCGACUGAGCUGAAAAUGAACGAGUAAUUUCCCUUGCGCUCACACAGAGAGAUGAACGCCUCACAAGGACUUAAG